AUGAAUACUUAUAAAAAGCCUCUUAAUAACAUUGAGUCACUAAGAAAUUAGAUUCAAUAAUUACAAUUAGAUCUCACUAAAUAGAAAUAGAACAUUAUUAGCAAAAUCUAUGGAAAUCGUAGCUUUGAAACUACUCCAUAAAUGAAUCAAGAAGAAGGCUACAAAUCUGCACUUUUUUCAAAUAAAAUUUCAAUGAGAAAAGACACACAAUUGCAUUAGGAUUGGAAUAUAUACAAAUCAAAAUAAAUUGAAAAAGAUAAGUUACAACUCCAAGAUCAACUUCAUUAAUUGGAGAAUGAAAAAAAGAAAAAAUUAGAUUAGCUUUUUCAGGGUAUUGAGUGCCGACCUAUUACGAGAAUACCAACUCAAGAAGCAGUAAGUCAAUGAAGAAUUUGAUACUAAGAUGAAAUACGUUCAGAAUGAGCUUCAAAAACAAGAUUAAUUAAAUAGUAUUUAUUAAUUAUAAAUUAAAGAAUCAUUGGAAUAAGACUAAUAAAAAAAAUUAGUGAGUAGUUUUCGUAAAAAUUGUAUUUAUUCAUUAUAAUCUUCUAAGCAAACAAAGAAAAAAUGAAGGUCCGUUUUUAAGGUGAUUAUUAUAUCAGAGCAAGAACAGAACAUUGA